AUGUUGAAUCGAGGGCGUCAAAAGUCGGCGGGGGCGCCUCCUCCCGGCGGCCCCGCGCCCUGCUGUCAUCCUGAUUGCUACGUUCAAUCUGGCGCCAAACCCGACACCGGCGAGCGUGUAAAGAUCACGUGCACGAAUCCUGCGUGCACGUUUCUCGGGGCGGGGAUGCACGCGGCCUGCUUCGACAAGUGCGAGCAGGCGCUCGUCGGCUCGAUGCGCCACAGCGUGCACCUCUGGCUCACCAGACAGGUUAAGGACAUGAGCGACGACGAAAUCUGCAGUACACUGUGGACGUCCAACUACGACCGCCUUUGUCGUACACAGUGCAAGUGCCAGUGCGGCGCGGGGUUCUUCAAGUGCGUGACACAGAAAAGCGAGAGCUCCGCCGGCGUCGGUCAUAAGACCCGCGCCGCGCCCACCGAGGUCGUCCGCUUCCACACGGAGGUUGCGGCGGCGGCAGAGGCGGGCGGCGGCGGCGGCGCGGGCGGCGGCGGGGAGCGGGCGGCGGCGGUGGAGAGCGCGGACGAUCGGCGGCGGAACCGCGCGCUCGCGGCGCUGCAGGAGCAGGAGGCCGAGGAGGAGGACGCGCGCAAGGAGGCCCGGCGUCUCAAGGCGGAAGCAAAGGAGCGCGACAAGGCGGAAAA